GGUGUCAUCAAGGAAGACGAGCUGCGCCACCCGACCAUGCUCGACAAGAAUGGGGAACUGUGUCUCAUCGUCGUCAAGAACAGCAACACCACCGAUGUCACCAUCAGUCGAGCGACCGGCAUUGAAUCCUUUGUCUGGGAAUAUGACGACUCUGGCAUCCGUUCGACAUCCAUGGAAAUAGCAAUCCAUUCAUAUGACAAGAAGGAUGGCGUUUUCUCCGCCCCCGGGGAUUCCGAGUCUGUUGUCAUUGACGCCAAAAGUCGCAUCGUCGGCAUUAUCACCGGCGGAACCUGCAGCCAGAUAGACUCUAUCGACGUUACCUAUGCGUCGCCGUACUACUGGAUUGCGGAGCAUAUUAAGGGGGCUUUCCCCGACUCCUACCUCUACUCUACCCUGGCCUAG